AUGGCAGUAGUGGGUGUCGAUUUUGGGACUCUGCACAGUAAGAUCGGUGUUGCAAGGCAUCGAGGCAUCGAUAUCAUCGUCAAUGAGGUCUCCAAUCGUGCUACACCAUCUCUCGUUGCCUUCGGCCCAAAACAACGAUCCAUCGGCGAGUCUGCCAAAACGCAGGAAACAUCAAACUUCAGGAAUACUAUCGGAUGCCUCAAGCGUCUCAUUGGUCGGACGUUCCAGGAUCCCGAGAUCCAAAUAGAGAAGAAGUAUCUUAAUGCAACGCUGGUAGACGUCUCAGGGACUGUAGGCGCAGAGGUGUCAUAUCUCGGUGAAAAGCAGACCUUUUCUGCAACCCAGCUUGUCGCAAUGUACCUGGGCAAGCUCCGCGACAUCACCUCUAAUGAGCUCAAAACUGCUGUCACCGACCUCGUCAUUGCAGUUCCAGGGUGGUACACAGAUGUCCAACGUCGUGCCCUCCUUGAUGCAGCCUCCGUCGCUGGGCUGAACGCCCUGCGCCUCAUCAAUGACUCCACAGCCGUUGCCCUCGGGUACGGCAUCACCAAAUCUGAUCUUCCCGAACCCGAAAAUCCUCGUAAUGUCAUGUUCGUCGACGUUGGUCACUCAUCCAUGUCCGUCACCAUCAUCGCCUUCGCCAAGGGGCAGCUCACUGUUAAAGCCACUGCCUACGAUCGUCACUUGGGUGGCCGUGACGUCGACUACGCACUCUUGCAAUAUUUCGCAGCAGAGUUCAAGACGAAAUACAAGAUUGACGUACUUUCGAGCCCAAAGGCGAUGUUCCGUCUUGCAGUCGGUUGUGAGCGCCUCAAGAAAGUGCUCUCUGCCAACUCGGAGGCUCCCCUAAAUGUCGAAUCUAUUAUGAACGAUAUUGACGCGUCGUCUAAGCUCUCGCGCGAAACCUACGAGGGCCUCCUCACUGACGUGCUUAGUCGCGUGGGCACACCAAUCAAGCAGGCGCUUGCCGAGUCUGGGCUCACUCUCGAGCAAAUUGACUCCGUUGAACUUGUUGGUGGGACCACACGUAUCCCUGCUGUGCGGGCACAGAUUCAGGACGCUGUGGGUGGGAAGCCGCUGUCAACGACGCUAAACCAGGACGAGGCUAUUGCUCGAGGUGCCACCUUUGCAUGCGCGAUGCUUUCGCCUACAUUCCGUGUGCGUGACUUCGCGGUGCACGACAUUGCCCACUACCCAAUCAAGGUGCAGUGGGAACCUACCCCUAGCGACCCUGAUGACGAUACCGAACUCGUUGUGUUCCCGCGUGGCAAUGGGAUUCCGUCGACAAAGGUACUCACGUUCUACAGGAAGGAUUCGUUUGAUAUCGAGGCGCGAUAUGUCAACCCGACUGAGCUGCCAGGAGGUAUUAACCCGUGGAUUGCGCGUUUCUCUGCGAAGAGUGUACCGCCUGAUUCGAAGGGAGACCUCACGUGUGUGAAGCUGAAGACACGCCUGAACUUGCACGGCAUUCUCUCGUUCGAGGCUGCAUACACGGAGGAGGUAGAGGAGAAGGAGGAGGUGCCGAUGGAGGUUGAUGGUGCUGAUGCCGCACCCCCGAAGAAGAAGAAGGUGGUGAAGAAGAAGGAGGUACCAUUCGUGACGGGAACAUCGUCCCUAGAUAACUCUAUCGUCGAAAAUUUGAAGGAACAGGAAGCACAAAUGCACGCUGCUGACAAGCUUGUUAUGGAUACCGAGGAUCGUAAAAAUGCGCUCGAAGAAUAUGUAUAUGACACACGUGGAAAGCUUGAUGACCGCUAUGCCGCCUAUGUUCAGGCCGCAGAGAAGGUGACACUUCUUGGUCUGUUGCAGGAUGCAGAAGACUGGCUGUAUUCCGAGGAAGGCGAGGAUGCUACCAAGUCUGCAUACGUUGGAAAGCUCGAUUCACUUAAGGUUGUUGGUGACCCCAUCGUUCUCCGAUACCGCCAGUAUGAAGACCGACCUCGCUCUAUCAGCGAGCUUCGCGCCUCUUUGAACGACUACCUCGCCCAGGCUACUUCUCUCGACGAAAAGUUCGCCCACAUCGACGAGAAGGACAAGCAGCGCGUUGUAGAGAAGUGUGCAACCAUUCAAAAGUGGCUCGACGACCAAAUUGCGCGACAGGCGGAGAGGCCGAAGAACUCAGACCCUGUGCUGACGACUGCAGAGAUCGGGAAGAAGAGGGACGAGUUGAUUUACUUUGCCGUCCCGAUUUUGACCAAGCCCAAGCCCAAGCCUGUGAAGGUCGAGCCUACACCUACCGGAACGCCGAACGGGACACAGUCUCCGCAGAGCGGAACCCAGACGCCUGAUCCUGCGGCUGGCGCGAAGGCUGAGGAGGCACCAGCGCCCCCCGAGAUGGACGUCGACUAGAGGGAUCGUUGGUAUUUUUGCUUGUCCUCGUUGGACGAUGAUGAUUAAUGCUGGCGAUGAUGAUUUCCUUUUCUUUGGCAUUUUGUUACACGUAGUAAUACAACACCGGGAGUUGUUUCGAAUAGAAAGUGUAGAGAAUACUAACUACCAUUUGCAAUCUUAGUCAUUUGUAGUAGAGG